AUGCAGCCCACCGAAGUGCGAAGGCAGCUUUCAUACAAGGAUACGAAGGAAUUUUUCAAUAUCACCCUAACCUCGGACGUUUACUACUAUGGGGCUGUAUUCUCGAAUCCCGGUCCCGACGGUAUCGAGAAGUACAACUGGAUCAUGAUCGUCGGGACAGUUGCAGCUUUGAGUGUAAUUUCCGGAUUGUACUGGACGACGUGCAUCACAGGGAUGAAACUAUACUUCUACGUGAAGCGCCGUACAAUCAGUAGAACGGUGCAAAAAUACCAGGUUCAAUUGUUGCUCCUUCUGCUGGCACAGGCAGUCUCCCCAUUCAUCUUCGAAUUCGUGCCCGUCUUUAUCGUACUUGUUGGAGGGACUACAAGACUCGUUCCGCACUACGGUGGCGUCUGCGCCCCAUUGUUCUUUGGUGGCUACUCGGGCUGCGACGCCAUUCUGGCAUUACUUUUAUUCAAGGCCUAUCGCCGGCGAAUGCUCGAAAUCUGCAGAUAUUACUACGUGAAGCGCAACACCACGAGCGGCACGGUACAACGAUUUCAGCUACAAUUGUUGUUUCUCCUUUUAGCCCAGGCGAUCUCCCCGUUUAUUUUCGAAUUCGUGCCCGUUUUUGUGCUCUACUACUUUUUAAGACAUAUCGCCAGCGGACUCGGGAGAUCC